AUGGCGACAUCCCACGAUGCGGACCCUGUCUUCUACCCCGCGUUCUGCUUCAAGGCAUCGCCAACACACUUCACCUGGGUGAAGUUGGCGGCCGCCGAUGUCCAUCAACUACAGAGACCACGGAAUUUUGAAGGCCAAACAAUCUUCUUCUAUAAAAACUACCCAAUCCGCUUCGUCAGCCUUGUCGGUGUGGUCGUAGCCCGAACAGAAAUUACCAAACGCACCAUCCUGACGCUGGACGAUAGCAGCGGUGCCACAAUAGACGUCUGCGUCCUCCAAUCUGACCCCAAAGAAAGGGACAAGAUACAGAAAGACAGCACCCAGAUCUCGGGUAUCUCAAAUCCCGGGCCCAGUGUCCAGUCGUCCUUGGGUGCAAAUGGACAAACCCCUGGCACAAAAGCACAGGUCAAUCAAACGGAGCACGUCUCUGCUACAGACCGCACACUCCUCGACAUUACCUGUCUACGACCCGGCACGACGGUGAGAGUCAAGGGCACUCUAUCCCGGUUCCGAUCUACGAUGCAACUGAAUCUAGAACGGUUCACGGUUAUCCGAGACACGAAUGCCGAGAUGCAAUUUGUUGAUGAGCGAUUGCGGUUUCUAGUCGAAGUUCUCGCCGUGAGGUGGGUUCUGUCCGAUGAGGAAAUCGAGCAGUUGCGGGAGGAGGCGGAGAGGGGGGAUCUCAAGGCUAUUGAGGAUCGGCAAAGGGCUGAGCGGAGGGUGAAAAGGCGGGCUGAGCGGGAAGAGAGAGAUUAUCGACAUAUACAGAAACGAUAUGAGAGGGAGGAGCGGAAGAGGGCUAAAGAGGCGGUGGUUUGUAAGGAAGAUGGGGUUAAUAUUAUGCGUGAUCUUGGGCGGAAGAGAAAGCUAGCUACGGAUGACGCUGAGAGUGAAUAA